UGUUGAACGCCAUAGCAUUACCAAACGUAACAGCUCCCUGGACUGCAUAACGUUUUGCUAAAAUUGUCAGGGGCAUUUUGAAGGUAGGCCUGUGGCGCGCUGAUGGCGAGCGUGUCCAGCCACCGGUUGCUGUGUGCAGGCUUUACAAACGUCAUCCAGAAGUGUUUAUCUGACAACUGAACGUCACCAUGUCGGGACCCAAUAGUGAUCAACUGCAUCGAUCCACAUUAAAAAUGUACUCGAACAUAAUGGAGCAGUUUAACCCUGGUCUGCAGAAGCUAGUGUCUCUGGGGAACAGCUAUUUCCAAGCUUUCCAAGCCCUGGCUGAGGCGAGCGAGGCCUACUUCAGUGCCCUGGCCAAGAUGGGCGAGCAGGCUCUGUACACCGUGUCCUCCGGGCCUUUGGGCGACGUCUUGAUUCAGAUUUCCGAUAGCCAAAGAAGACUCACUGCUGAGCUGGGAGGAGUCUUCCAGUGGUUCCAUGCCGAAGUGCUGCAGGUGAUGGACAAUAACGUCAUGCUGGACGAAGACUACAUCGCUGGCAGCAGGAGGCACUAUGAGGUGGAGGUGAGGAACCAGGCUGCUGCGCUGGAGAGACAGCUGAGGAGAGGGGCUUACAGAGACACACUGGAGAGCAGUGAAUACAUGCAGUUCCUCAGGCAGAGUCACCGUGAGGUGUUGGUAGAGGAGGAGAGGAGGUAUCGCUUCCUGGCUGAGAAACACUGUGGCCUCACUCAGUCUAUGUUAUACCUCAUCAAUAAGACAGGAGCCUCCGUGCAGCAGAGAGCGGACGGGUGGAAGGAGAAAGUGAGCGAGACGAGGAUACCCCGAGCCCGCAGCCCUCUGCUCCCCGACCAGGGCACAUCGCGCCGAGCUUCUGUGGGUUCCCUCCUGCACACAGGAGUGAGGGAGGAGGACAGAGAGUACAGCUGGGCUGGCAGAGAGCAUCAGCAACUGGGGAAAGUGCCCUCUAGAGCUCCCUCGCCCCUGCCCAGUCGCUCGCGCUCCAGCUCUGUGGGCGAGUCCCUGGGGAUGGGCGGGGCCAGGCACAUGCGGGCGCUGGUGGCACACCCCGCCUCCUCCAACCCCACCCUGCUGCCCUUCUCCCAGGACGAGGUGGUGACCGUCAUGGUGCAGGAGCCCCGCAACGGCUGGCUUUAUGGCAAUGUAGAGAGCAGCUCGCGUCAUGGCUGGUUUCCCGCCGCUUACGUUGGGCCCCUCGAAGACACCCCUCGAUCCUCUGUAUCCGGCACAAGCAACCUAUUGGAGCAGGCCGAACUUACAGAUCGGUUAAACAAGAUGGACAGCAGAGGCUACGGCGAGAUCCCGCCCCCGGCUCCGCCCUCACGCCGAGGGUCAGCUGACCUGCGUCCCGUCACGCCCACUCCGGAGAGACGGACCGACUCUUCCUCCAAUGGCAAGGUGGCCAGUGUGCAUUAUGGGUUCAAGACCUCUCUGACAGACCAACUGGACCGGAAAGACCAAUCGGAAAGCAAAGCCUACAACGAGAUUCCGCCCUCCCGCAGGGGGUCAGCUGACCUGCGUCCGGUCACGCCCACCCUGGAGAGACGAAUGGAGCCUUCCUCUGACAGCAAGCAUUAUGGGUACAGGAUCUCUCAGACAGAUCAACUGGAUCAGAAGGACCACUCGGACAGCAAAAGCUACAGCGAGAUCCCGCUCCCAGCUGCUCCCUCACGCAGGGGAUCAGCUGAUCUCCGUCCGGUCACGCCCACCCCUGAGAGACGGACGGAGUCCUCCUCUGACAGCAAGUGCGCGAUGCUGCAGGACGGCCGACCAGAACUCUUUCCCAGGGGGACGAAUCCUUUCGCGACAGUGAAACUUCGGCCCACGACCACCAAUGACAGAUCAGCCCCUCGGAUUCAGUGAUGUGCAGCACAGCAACAACAUCGCUGUGCUGCUAC